AUGCUGACGUUGUUCCUGGUGGCAGCGGUGGUCGUGCUGCUGUUUCUGCUCUGCAGGGAGCUCCUAGCCUGGCCUGAAAACUUCCCGCCAGGCCCUUGCCGGCUGCCGGUGUGGGGCAGCUACUGGUGGCUGGUGCUGAGGGACCGCCGCCGCAUCCCCGCGGCGCUGCGCCGGCUGAGCGCCGACUACCGCACCUCCACGCUGGGCCUCUUCCUGGGGCCGCUGCCGGCCGUCUACGUCACAGACGAGGCCUCCAUUCGGCAGCUGCUCUCCAGGCCAGAGUUCCAGGGCCGCCAGACCACCGUACUCUCCGAUACGCGCACCUUCGGCAGGAACCUCGUGUUUGAUCUGGCGAGUGCAGGCGUGUCGUUGGCGAACGAGCCCGCGUGGCGGCGCCACCGGCGCUUCUCGCUGAGCCAGCUGCGGGACCUGGGCUUCGGCAGGCGCUUCCAGCCGCUGGAGCUGGAGACGGCCGCGGAGGUCAGCGACCUGCUCGACCUGAUGGCGGGCCGCCGACACGACCAGAAACUUGGAGUCAUACAGAGCGGUACUUACAACCUUCUUCACUGCCUACUGUCCCGAGUGCAGCACCAGUCAGAGAUGUCUGAUCCGCAUGCUGCCGUGCAGAGCGUGCGGAGGCCGUGCGACGGCGCCGUGCUGUUCCCCGACGCGACGUACCGCUGCUUCGCCGCCGUCACGUGGUCCCUGUUCGCCGGGUCGCGCCCCGGUCGCGCGUCCGACCGCCAGCUCCUCCUGCUGGGUCGCCGCGGCCGCCAAAACGUUCUGGCCACCGACGGCACCGGCAACGCCAUCGUACAGACACCCUGGCUCCGCCACCUGUCGCCGGGCCAGUUUGGGCUCGCAGAUUUCGUCCAAGGACACAAUGCACUCAUCGACUACGUCAAGCAAACUUUUGAUGAACAGUUGGCUACCUACUCGGAAGAGCACACGCGUCAUUUCCUUGACGUCUGCAUAAAAGAAAUGAAGAAAGACGCCGCAGAUCAAGGUUUACCCUUCGACAUUGGGCAGGUGAUCGCCACGGGGACGGACCUGCUGCUCCCGUCGCUGACGGUGACCACCACCGCUCUGGCAGAAGCCGUGCGCUGCCUGGUGCUUCACCCAGAGGUGCAGACCAAGGUGCAUCUCGAGAUUGACAGCGUGGUGGGCAGAGGGAGGCUUCCCACGCUGGAUGACCGCCCAAAUCUACCAUAUUUUGAAGCUACCAUCCGUGAAGCGCUCCGCAGGAAGACCGCUGUGCCUCUCAGUGUCGCCCACGCAUCUACAGCAGAGGCAACUCUCAAUGGGUACACUCUUCCAAAGGGCACAAUUCUGCUGCCAGGUCUUGAAGCUUUCCAUAUGAAUCCAGAAGUGUGGGGGGACCCAGAAAACUUCAGACCUGAGAGAUUCCUUGAUGAAACAGGCAAGCUUUUGCCAGACAGGACACUGCCAUUUGGAGGAGGUCGGCGAGAAUGCUUCGGGAAGACCUAUGCUCGCAACAGUUUGUUUCUUUUCCUUGGGGGAAUGCUGCAGUCCUUUAUACUGCAACAGCCACAAAGCGAAAAGCCCCUCACACUUGACGGCUUGUACAGCAAGAACUUCACAAAUCAAGUUCAGCAUAUCACAUUUUAUUGCACCAGUGCUAAGUGCAAUUUAUAA